AUGGUGGAGAUCGUGGAAGAAACUAGCGACGCUGAAAACAGUGGGCCGUCAACAUCGAGAGCUCGAAACGGGAGUGGUGCCAGACAGAACCAAGCUCAGUUUGUCACUAUAUCGGUAAGCUUUUUUUCGAAUUGAAACUCAUAAGAAGGCUUUAUGCAAAAAAGUAGUGAACUAGUAUUUUGGAACUGCCGAAAUUUUUUCUCUAAUGGCGUGUUCAUCGGAGAAACGAAACAUGCUUUCAAACGAAAAAUCGUGUUCGUCGGCGCGCCAAAGUUGCUCCAAAACAGUACUAAUUUUUGUUUUGGAGCAGUUUUUUUGCGAUUUAAAGCAAUUUUAGUUUUGUCCGAUGAACACGCCAUAAAUGUUCCACUGUGUUUAAAAAGCUCUUACAAUUUUUAAAUUGAAGAGGAGUGUGUUUUGAUUAUUAGAAUGCAAUUUGGAGCAAUUCACUGAUUCAAAGUUAAUUGUUUUUCACUCUUCUGCAUACGGCUCAAUUUUUAGUGUAGAUGGAAAAUUCGGCUCAUGUUUUUUUCAGCAAUUUGUUUCUACUCAUACACUGGUGUGUGGCAUGUUCGCCGCUCGUGUUCUGACGGUUUUCUUCUCCUUUUCAUACUUUCUACCCUUCUUAUCCAUUGUUUCUCCAGCUUCUGCGUACCACAAAGCUUUUGCAGCCGGUGAAAAUUUUCUUUUAUUCACGUUGAAUUAGUAUAUUCAGCUGCGGCAACGUUCGCCCUGAGACUUCAUCAACGGCUUAACGGAUUCUCGUUCUCUCGGGAGUUCCUCAUGAGCUUGGUGGUCGAAGACUCUUUCCACUAUCUCAUCUACUCCGUCGUCUUCUUGAUGGCAUCUCCUAUGUCGAUGGCUCUUCUGCCAGUCUCUCUUUAUGCGUCUCUUCAAGCUGCCAGUUUUCUAGUUGGUUUUUUAUUCCUAAGAUUUGACUCGAGUUGUUCUUUUAUAACCUUCCACUAAUCAUAUUCGGGAACUUGCAGGUGAAAGUGAUGAAAGAAACUGGCAAUGGACACUCGGGAAUCGUUCUUCGCUUGGAGCAGUUUGUGCAGACUCAAACUCAGAACUGCCUCGGCAUCAUUGCAUGUGCCGAAAUUUUCCUAGUUCCCCUCCUCGUGUCUAUGAUCUUGACGUGAACGGUUUUUUUUUUCAAAUCGGACUACUUUCUUUCAGCGGAAAAGCCUCUCUUCUUCUUCCUUUCGUCUACUAUCGUUUCUUGACUUUGCGUUACGCUUCAAGGAGAAACCCUAGUACAAGGUCAGUAAUUCUUCCUUUUUUUUUGCACAAGAAAUACAUAAUUUCACAAUUUUUCGACUUUUUUUCCUCAUGAAGUUUGUGCUCAAUGGCUAACCUUUUAGACAAGCUUUUUCUCAAAUGCGAGCGUCAUUGGACCAAGUCGCCGGAGCUCCCGCAUGUCCACAACCAGUUCGACUUCUCAUUCAAAAGUCGGUGGCAUUUAUAGGUCGUCUCGCUCCACCAGUUAUGUAGAAACAGUAAUCAUAAUUAAUUUUAUUCAUUUUUUUUUCUUGUUUAAUCGAAGAGUCUGCUGAUAAUUUUUUUAAUAAUAUAAAUUUUUUUCACGGAUUUUUUUCUUCAGCUUUAAAAAAACAAGUAAAAAAAUUUUUGAGCCAAAGCUGCUUAUGGGACGCCCUGUCAUUCCAAGCAGCGACCCGACCCGCUGAGCAGAAAAAUUCAAAUAGGCUGAAAUAAAGAAUAAUUGGAAAAAAACAAAUCUUUAGAUAAUUAAAAAAGUCGAUUAGUGGAAAAAAUAAAAGUUUUUACAUAAAAUCGAGUAACUAGAACGAAGUAUUUCAGCAAUGUAAUCGCUGCGGUCGCCCAGGGAAGCCCCUAUCUGAUCAGCAGCUUCGGUUGGAGCCGUUAUCAGAAAACCCAACCUUGAACAUCAAGAACUUUCACAAAUCGAGUGUCCUGUAAACUCCAAUACAUUUUCGAGAGAAAAUCAACUGAACUUUGAAUGCCAACUAACUAAAUCCGCCCUUGCUGAGACGGUACCUUUUUGCGUCGAUGUUUUACCGCGAGGGACGAUUUUGUUCUUUUUUGAUUUAAAGGAUAAAAAAGAAGCCAAAAAAUGCAGGCUUAUUUAAGGGCCAUCGUCACCAGUACAUAAAACAUUGACGCGAAAGAUAUUGUAGCCUUGGGGGUGGAAUUAGUUGCUUGACAUUCGAAAUCUGAACAGACUAUAGUAGGCUACUCGAACUUUUUGAAAAAAAAAAAAUUAUUUUAUAGACUUUGCAAUCUCAUGGAAAAAUAUGCAUUUAUAGCCAAUCAAAUAUAAGCUUUUCAAUUUUUUCAAACUUUCCGAGUUUUUCAGAUCCAUAAGUGAUCGUUUAGAAAAAACCUUUUCUUUUUGAUUUUGAAAAAAUUCGAAAGCCGAUAGUCUUUGAGGCGAUGUUUUGCCUUGUGUACAUGAAUGAACGGACCCGAACCGUCGGUGGGAAUUUGCGUAUCGAUUAUUAUGCAAGAGGGAAGGGAGCAUGCUGGUCGACGAGACGCAGUGACUGUUUGCUCAUGAGUCAGAGCCCGCCCUUGCGCGAAACAACGCUUCUUCUUCUCGGCGCCGCGGCCACCCUGCUGUACGAGUCCUUCCAGGGAAUUUUGUCAUCAUGGCGAUUCCCAAUCAGCUUCUGAUUUGUUCCGCCAUCAAAGUGCUCAUCGUAGUGAGUGUUCCGUUCUCUUGAUAUGCAUAACUUACUGUAACUGCGAGGCAGGAUCGACUGGCAGGAAAGAAUUCAAUUAGUUCUUUGACAAACCUCGUUCGUAAUAUUUUCUCACAGUUUUAAAUUUGUCAUUUUGAUCUUUUUUUUUGUUUUGACAUUCGCCAUUCGAUUUCAUCGGGAAAAGUACGGUUAUCGAUUUCAAGCCGAAUGGGAUGAAAAAUAUCUGAGUCAGCCAGUUCUUUCUUAUCAUCUUUCGAAAUCUGAGACCGUAGUCGAAAAAGCAGUGCAUGCGUUUACUAUGGUUUAACCAAAAAUGGUAGUGGCUCAAACUAACUCUUCCGAAGUCAGUAUAAGUUUAUUCAUAAACAGAACUCUAUAGUCUUACAUACGGGGUCUAAGGAUUUUAAAAUUAAUUGGCGAUUAGGCUUUACCCUUUUCUUGCGUAUGGGCCAUGGGUAUGGCCUCUUGUUAUUUCUUUUUCACUCAAUCGUUCUUAAUGAGGCUAGAUUUUCAAUCCAGUAUAUUUACAUGGCGCAUAUGAACAAGAGUAGGACUGUUGAAGGAAAGCAGUUUCCCACUUGAAUAACGAAUCGGUUCAAACAUUUUUCUCUAUAUACGUGGUUUGAACUAUUUCAAAUUUCAAAGGUCUCAAUCAGCUCGUAGGUAAUUCGAAAAAAUUUUUUUAAUCGGGGCUCCUUCAUGAGUAUCAUCCCAGGUAGAUCUCAAGAAGUUGAUCUCAUAAAUUAGGAUUCCGGGACAUUUGGAAAACGUUUUCCGACAAACCAGAAUUUAUGAAAAAACAAAUCAAGUGAAGAGCCGGAAGAGUUGCAGCUUCUGACGAUCGUAGUGCUGAUCCUGCUAGACCCGGCCUAUGUCACGGCCUACAUCUCGAUCAAUUAUGAGAUCGUGCUCAUCUACAUUGUCUGCGCCCUGACGUUGCUCUACUGCAUCGUCUCCGUCAUCAUGUACUUUAUGCUGACGAAGCGAGGCGAAGACACUCCAAUGACCAACUGCGCCCUUUCGGUUUGUCUCUUGUUCAUUUUAACUAUUCGGACCUUGGUACCGGACGUCGUGGCAUGACCACGUUAGUAGCGUCAGCACUCUUAUGUGAUCCCAUAGGAUUUUUCAGAAACGUCCGGUUUUCGUUAUCGAGGUCCGCGUUUAAAUUUUUUUGUUAAACGGUUCGAAAAAAAAGACAAUGACCCUUUUUAGGGAAUGAAAAUUAAUUAAAUAGUGCUAAAUUCAAUUAUAAGAUUUUCAUAAUUUUCAAUUAGUUGAACUUUGAGAAUUUUUUGCAGACUUGUAAAUAUAAAUUUUGAAUUUAGCUCAAACAAAAACAAAAUUUUCCAGUCUCUCCCGCAAAGAUACGAAACGAGAAUAAUUUUUUGGUUAUUAAGAAUGAUGAGCUUCGAAAAAAAAUCUCGGCAGAUUUCCAGAAAUAUCAGAAGUCAGGCUAUUACGAGUCCACUAAAAAUAAUAUAUGAAGAAUACGGCCAUUCGAUGGUUUUGCUCUGACAUCUGUGUACUUUUGUAGUAUUGAUAUUUUGGCAUAGACCUUUUCUUCUGACCGUUAAACGUUAUCCGAAGACCAUUUUUUCGUGAGAUCUUCGAGCUGCAUGUGAUCAUCCUGGAAAUAAGUAAUAGGUGCUGCGCGACUGUUUAUUUGUUUUUCCCGUUUUCCGCUCUGUCGGACAAUGUUUGGCUUAGUAAGUGUGGUCAUCACUACUGUGGCAACAUGCCCAAAAAGACUUCUGUCGCUUUUUCAAUCUAUUUGUUAUUAUUUCAGCCAGGAGAAACAUUGCAAUCUAUUUGUGUGCCGCCAUAAAAAAGCUUAUUGCAGGAGGUCAUCUUCGCCACUGCCGGAAUUAUGGGCUGGCUCAUCAUCAUCGGUAUUGGCGGCACCAUCUCUCAGCGCACUAUCAUCGAGACGGGGGAGCGGUUCGGCUGGAUUGGUGUGCGUUUUUCUCUGAUUCACUUGUUCACAGUUUUCAUCUUUCACUAGUCGUUGAUAUUUUCAAGUCCACAUUCUGCAAUAGACAUUUUAAGGCAAUGGCCGGUCUGAACACUGGCUGUUUUCUUGGAAUCGCCGCCAUUUUCGCUCUCAACGUCAUUAACGAGAAAAUCCUACAGCGCCGCAACCGCUACGGGAAGUAUGACCGAGGCUACGUCCGAUGA